GUGUUUAUUAUCUUAUCAAGAGAGAUUGAACAUUGGACAUUUACAAACGAGUUGCAAACUAAUAAAUGUUUUGCACGGAUUUGUGGAAUAUAUCCAGACCUUUUUCUAUAUCACUUCACUUACAUUCCUUCUACGUUCAAAGACAUACAGGUGAACAAUGCUAAAUAACGGUGCUUUAAAAGGAAAAACUCUGUUCAUAACUGGAGCCUCAAGAGGCAUUGGUAAGGCAAUUGCUUUAAAGGCGGCCAAGGAUGGAGCCAAUAUUGUUAUCGCGGCCAAAACCAGUGAUCCCCAUCCCAAAUUGCCUGGUACCAUUUAUACCGCCGCUGAAGAAAUUGAGAAGGCCGGUGGAAAGGCAUUGCCCUGUAUUGUAGAUGUUCGCGAUGAACAACAAGUGAAAGCAGCUGUUAAAGCUGCUGUGGACAAAUUUGGUGGCAUUGAUAUUGUCAUAAACAACGCCAGUGCUAUUUCUCUGACUCCAACUAUGGAAACAGAAAUGAAACGAUAUGAUCUAAUGCAUAACAUAAAUACCAGAGGAACAUUUUUGGUAUCCAAAGAAUGCCUUCCCUACUUGCUGAAGAGCAAACAUGCUCACAUUUUGAACAUAUCCCCACCAUUGAGUAUGAAACCAAUUUGGUUUGGUAGUCAUGUUGCCUAUACAAUGGCUAAAUAUGGCAUGUCCAUGUGUGUUUUGGGCAUGGCCGAAGAGUUCAAAGAUCAAAAUGUUUCUGUAAAUGCCUUGUGGCCCCAGACUGCAAUUCAAACAGCUGCUAUUGAUAUGUUAAAUGGUCCCGAAGCUGCCCAAUACUCUAGAAAAGUUGAUAUUAUGGCUGAUGCUGCAUACGCCAUCUUAUCUCAAGUUCCACCCAAGGCUCCCACGGGCCAAUUCUUUAUCGAUGAAAAAGUUUUGCUUAAAGCUGGUGUUACUGAUCUGAAACAAUAUGCCGUCAAUCCAGCAAAUGCCGAUAAGUUGCAUUUAGAUUUCUUUUUGGAAGAUGUUGAAGAAUAUCAGGCACCAAAAGCUAAAUUGUAAAUAUUUUAAAUAGAAGUAAUGCAUAAAAGAAUAUUUGUAAUUUUUGUAAAUGAUUUACGGAAAGGGGCAAUAAAUAGUUUUUAUUUUUAUAAGAAAA